GCCUGCGCCUGCGCGGGGCGGGGCGCCUGCCUGCCUGCCUGCCUGCCGGAGCGGAUGUGGCGGCGGACGUUGCGCGCGGGGGCCCCGCGGCGGGCCGGAUCCCAGGCGCCCGGGCGCUGCUACUCCUGCUGGAGCUGCGGGGCUCCGCUGGGGGGGGCGGCGGCGGGGGGGCCUGGCUUCUGCCCCUCGUGCCGCGCCUUGCAGCCCCCGGAGGCCCGCGCGGACCUCUUCCGGGUGCUGGGCUGCCCGCGCGGCUUCGCCCUGGACCUGGCCCGGCUCCGGCAGCGCUUCCUGGCCCUGCAGCGCUCGCUGCACCCGGACCGCUUCAGCCGCCGAUCGCAGGCCGAGCGCGGCUUCUCGGAGCAGCACGCCGCCCUGAUCAACCUGGCAUAUUGCACCCUCCGCCGCCCGCUCAGCCGCGGCCUUUACCUGCUGGAGCUGCACGGAGUCGAGUUGGCGGCGGGCAGCGAUGCGGAGGCCGAGCCCGCCUUUCUCGCCGAGGUCUUGGAGCUGAACGAGCAGUUGGCGGCCGCGAACUCGGAAGCGAGCCUGGCUGCGCUGGAGCGCCUCCUGGCAGGCUGCGUGGUUUCCUCCUCUUCUCUCUUCCAGCCAAGCAAGAGGCUCUGUUGCAGGAGGUGAGCAGGGCCUUCGAGCAAGGUGACCUUCCCAAGGCCAAAAGACUCUUGAGCAAAAUGAAAUACUUUGCGAACCUUGAGGAGAAGGUGAAGGAAAAGAAAGCCCCUUCGUGAUCCCUCAUCCUGUUUCGGGCAACCCAGGAUGCGCUUUGGCUUGUCCCUUCCUGGACAAGAGAGCCAUUCGGAGACCGAGGGAAGGGGGCAGGUAGCAAUCUUCUCCUGUCUCUGCUUGUGCGCCAGAAAGAGAAGCUGCCUGUGAUGGAGCCCACAAAUCAAAAUAAAGGCGUUCUGGGUA